GACACAGAUAAGUACAAUCUGGGCUGGCCGUGUUUUCCCUCUGCAACAUACAGGGAAAGUACCAUCUGUAUUCCUCUUUUGUUGUAUAGAUACUCAGAACAAAGCAGAAAGCAGUCAUACACCCAAACGUCCUCAUCACAUGCACACACUGAGCUCAGGAAGCAACACACACACUGUCUUGGUGCACAGCAGAGGAAACUACAGGACCUGUGCAGGCGGUCGGCGGCUCUUUACAUUUGUCUUCGAGUAGCUCUGUCACUGUCGGUCUGACGAUGCCCCAGCGUACCCAGCAUUGCCUCGUCCACGUCCUCCUGCUGUGGACCAUCGUCCUGUCAAUCAUGCAAGUCGUGUUCAUCAUCUUCUACUUCACAGUUGGACGUCAGUUUUCCUCCGACCAUGACCUUGGAGAAGGGAAAAUGCUCACCUUCCAGGCUGCUGAUGACAACAGGAGCACUAAAUGGGUGGCGGACAAUUCAGACCCGAGCCUGGUCUCAGAGGGAUACAAUCUGACCAUACAGAGGGACGGUUACUACUUCCUAAGUCUCCAGGUGACACUGAUAUCCUGUGAAGGAGAAGAGCACACAGUGACUUUGAAAAGGGAAGGCAAAAUCCUCCUGGUGGGUUGGAUUAAGACGAAGCCGUGCACCACGGGCCUCCUGGGCAAGGUAGAGGAGCUGUCUGCCGGAUGGACCCUGGAGGUCGCCAUCAACCCUAAACCCAAAAAUAGAAUUAAAACCGAUAAGUUUGCAACUCACCUCGAUAUCAUCUACAUGCUCAGGCCCUAGAUGCAGCUCUGAUAUGAGACAUCUGUUCUAAACCGUUGGCAUGUUGCAGGGUGCCCAUCCAGCCCGUCCAGCCUCACAGGACCCAAUGACCCAGAGUCAAAGCUAAUUUAUUGUUCUCUCGUUACCAAACAGACUCGUUCUCCUGCAGUCAGAGAGGUGACAGAGAAGGACUGAAUUCAAAAUGCUCCCCAACUGAAUUAAAAAUUAUUCAAUGUCAUAUUAUCUCGACCGAUAAGGUAAUCACGCCGUGCACGCAGCUCCGGGAUUGGUCCUGGGUUGACGAGAUCACUACGACUUCUUUUCAAAUUCACACUUAAAAGUUCAGCUGUGUAGUAAUGUAGAUAUUUAACAAUAUGAAGUAAACUGUAGGUACGAGGGGAUUUUUUUUUUUUACUUUUAUAUUAUAUUAUAACAUAUCAGAGAACCAAAGGUGGAUUGUUCUCAUUGCUUUUUAAACCAAGGAGCACGUUACAUUUGAACGUGUCUUACUGGGCUGUUUAUUAGAAUGUAUUUCCUUGUUGGAGUUUAAUGUGUGUAUUUAGCUCCAUGAAUGUAUUGUUCUGAAGUGCAACAUCUGGCAGAGAAACUAACUUUUGAAAACAGACUGUGUUAUUUGCACAAAUCAUAUUUAGCUUAUUGCUAAUUUAUUUCUUGAUAUGUUUUAACUAUGUUAAUUAUAUAUUUAUGUUUGUAUGUAUUUAUGUACCGUAUAUGUAGGGAUAUACAACAACAUUCUUUGGACAGGUGUGUCCCUGUGUAACAUACAUUUUCUUUAUUAGUUGUUGCAAUAAAAUAUUUAAAAUUGUGCAAACUCGACCAUUUAGCUGAUAAGUGUUCAAGAAGAAAGACAUUUCAGUGUGGAAUUCUUGUUUCUUUUCAUUAUAAUGAAUUCAUUUAUUUAUUUAUCAUGUUAAAACAAUAAACACAAUUACAUUCAUUCAUAUUGUUUUUUCAUCAUCUCUAUUUAAAAUGAAAAGUGAAAUGACUUGACACAACGAACCUGAUUCUCCUUCACUACUCUGACCGCACGCCGUGAAUCCUGAAAUCAAAAGUCAUGGUGGUGUAUGUGAAAGGUUUCAUGUUUAACGGUUUUUAUUUGGUUUUGUCAAAGAGUUUCAGUUGUUACACCUGACAGUGUUUGUACAUCAUUCAGAAGAAAUAUUGCAUUUAUUCUGGAAAUGUUUGAAAUGUAUUUUUGCAUCUGAUAAAAUAA